GGUAUCAUGCAAAGGCGACGGAUGAAGGUAGUUCAGGAAGGGGAACGAUGCAUAGGUCAGCCUGCGGACAGACGAGACACGCCAAUCGAGCAAUCGAGGAAUUGCUCGAAUCGUUGUGCGGAGUCGACGAAAGGGAAUUCUCGAAACGCAUGUCCGACCUCCAGAUGCUGGACGUUCGCGACAUGCCCAGCAUCUCUUGCGAGCACGUCGAUGGACUGGAAGACACUCGUGGCAUUGCAGCAAUAUUCGUUGCCUGGACCGGCUCGCGGCUGUAGACCAUGCGCUGUCCAUCCGAACGAACUGCGUCUAUUGGACUCUGGGUGCGGCCUACGACAGGUUCGCGACUCCGUGACACAAGGUGUAAAUUUCAAUGACGACAGAACACGUUCGCGUUACGUGCUUCGGCGACUUCUCGAAGAGCCUUGGGCCGUCCGCGCGUCCCCCGAACAUGGUGGCCGGUGGGUGUCUGCGCUAAAAAAGCGCGUCGAGCGUGCGAGGAAGUUCAGGUCGCUCACGUCCGCGCUGCCGGUCAGCGUGCUCUUCGUUGUGCCGCACAUAUGCGUCACGAGGUUGGACAAGAUCGGAUUGAAGCAACUGGCUUUGCUUCCGUCAGCCGUUGUCGCUCACGGUGACAGUUUGGCGGCUCUCUUGGCCCUCAUAGCGAGAACCGAUGAAGCCGUGCUACAGGGUCUGGUGGCUCUCUCUGGAAAGGGCGGGGACGAGGAAGAGCGUGCGAGUUCUUGUAUGGAGGAGUGA